AGUCCGGCCGAUCCCGCUCGUAAUUUGUAACGACGACGACGACGGCGCGAACUUCAUUUGGAAAUUUGGUGAAUUCACUUCUCUCAGCAUUCCAAUGGUUUACUUAACUUCCUGGGACGAGUUUGUGGAGCGAUCCGUUCAUUUGUUCCGUGCCGAUCCUCACUCUACGCGAUAUGUCAUGAAGUACAGGCAUUGUGAUGGCAAAUUGGUCCUCAAGGUCUCCGAUAAUCGGGAGUGUCUGAAGUAUAAGACAGACCAAGCACAAGAGGCAAAGAAGAUGGAAAAACUUAACAAUAUAUUCUUCGCAUUGAUGGCCCGGGGACCGGAAGUGGAUCUAUCAGAAGUCACUGGCAAAGAACAAAUGGAAGCACAACCAACCAAAAAAGGAAGAGGAAGGAAGCAGUAAACUGAAUAACUGGCGUUUCUGGUUGACUGGAUGUUAAACCUCCCAUUUCUCAACUCCUACUAAUGUUUUACAUGAGCUUUCCCAUCUUUAGUGUCGUAGAUGCUACUGUGAAGUCUCAAUCAGUUUUGUAUUCUGAAUGCAAUGCUUACCUUGACAGCCAUUUCCUAAUUCCUACAAACAAGGGUGCCUUCCUCGAAUUUGAUGGCAAAAGUGAUUUUCUACUUUUCUUACUUUCUUGCUCACUGGUACUCUUUUAUGGCUCAGUUCUUUUUGGACAUAAAAGCAAACCAAUUUAAGUGUUGGAUCGUGGGUGUAAAUGCAAGUCACGCGUAGUUUUUACUUUUUACUACUUCCAUGUUAAUCUAAUCUGGAGUUGCAUUGCAUAUUAUACUUGACGGUUGAUCAAUCGGAUAAUGUAUCAAGUUUGAAUAAUAGUUGAAGUUCACAGUAA